GAAGGUUUAACGAUUAUAGAAGGAUGAAGUUUGACGAAGAAGACGAGAUAAAACUUUAUUAUAAUUUUAGAUUUCUUAUUAUAAAGUUUGAAAUUUCAAUUUUCCAAAUUCCAAGUAACAUGUCAUCCUUCCGAGAUGUUUAUGAAAAACUAAUAAAUCGAAUAAGGUGACUUAUCCGGUGCAAGUGCACUAUAGGUCUUGCAAAACAACUAAAAUAAUCAUUCUUCGCACUUCGAAGAAAGCCAAAGCAAAAGUGGCGGUUUAAAAGUUUGAUUCAAAAACCUCAAACUCAACACAGUGACACUGGAGAGAGCGAAGCGAAGGAAGAAGAUGGAGUCUCCAACCUCUGUCUGCGACACAGAGAUCCCUCUUCAAACGCAAACCAUCGAUUCCUUCACCGCUUCUCACGCCAAAUCUCUUCAAUCCCUCAGAGACACUGCACAACAAACCGCUCAACACAGAGUUCAAUUGGAAGAGGUUAAAGGCAAACUCAGGGAAGCGGAGGAUGAUUUGGUCAAAGCACUCUCAGUUAAGACUCGUAAAGAGGCCAGGCGAAUGGCUUUGUUGGAUGCUAUUGCCUCUGCUAAGUCUAGAGUUGAUGAACUCAGCACAAGUGUUCAGGAGCACCGAGCCAAAACGCAGGAGUAUGCUGCUUUUCUAUCUCAACAAUCUCUUGCUCUGGCAGCAUCUGAAGGGAAGUUAAAUGAAUGCAUUGAGCAGAAAGAUGAAACUCAGGAGGCCAUGUCUUGGUACAACAGGGUCCUUGGCUUUCAUGUCAAAGGGGGACGUGGGGUAAAAUUCACAUUCAAGAAUAUAAAUUUGAACAAUCCAAAUGAGGAGUAUUUUUUUACUAUCUUCCAUCAAAACAAUACUUACACGUUGUUAAACUGUGAACCUUCCACCGAUGACAUCAAAGAGUUGAUCCAUGAAUUAAACAAGACAAAUGAUCUGUUUAAAUUUGUCAGAGUAAUGAGAAAGAAGUUCCAAGAAGCAGUGGGGCAAGAUGUUACUACCAGGGGUCAAGUUGCACAUGAAGAAUCUGCAUUUAUCUCUGCAUCUGCUCCAGUCUUAUCAAUGUCAUCUGUUAGAAGUGAUUCUACAACCAAGGAAAAUGAGCACCGAGAUGAACCUGCGGAGGGUGAUACACAAAUCAAGAAGAAACAAUUGCUUCACAGAAGGGUCAAAUCAGGAGUUUUAUCUCCUGGAUCUGCAUCAUCUGUUCGUCAAUCUCCUCGUUUGAAGGCUAGGAAAUGAAGUGGACUUGUAGGAUGCUUGCCGCCUGAUUUCACAAUACAAGCUGAGGUGCCUCAAGUGCUCUUGUAGGCAUAGCACGCAACUCUGGUUGUUAAGUGCUAACAAAUUGACACUUGAUUCCUAAGAUGUCUGUGUUCUAGAUGUCUGAACCUGUAUAUAACAGAUCAGAAGAUUUCCUCUCAGAAUGGGUAGAACUGUAGAAGUUGAAACUAUGUUGGGAAACAGGAGAUUCGUUGUAAUCUAUUUAAAAAUCUUCAUGUAUUUAUGAUUUUGUGUGUACAUGUUUAGUAUUUUCCCGUUGCCAAACUUGCAGAAUUGUUUAAUUUAAAAUCAGUCAUUGUACUGCUGGUAUCUUUUGUUGGCAAUGUAUAUGAUGCAAGUGUAUUGGACAUGGAUUUCCAUGUUUAUUUUUCUGCAGUGUGUUCUAAAAUAUCAUUUUAACCA